AUGGCCAGCGGAAGCCAGGGCGCGGGGGGCAGGGUCCUCAGGCUGGACGUCGGCGGCCGGGUGUUCGAGCUGAGCCAGGAGAUGCUGGCUCGGUUCCCCAAGUCGCAGUUCAGCGUGAUGUGCCAGGACUGCCCAGAUGCCUUCACGCGCGAGGCGCCCCUGCCCAUAGCGCGCAGCGGCAAGGGCUUCGAGGUGAUCGUGGAGAUCUUCAGGCGAGGUACCUUCCAGUGGGCCCAGGUGGAAGGCAGUUACACUCUCAGUGAGCUGCGAAAUGACCUUGACUUCUAUGGACUUCCAGCUUGGGAAGACCUUUGUCCGCGUCCGCUGGGGCAGAAAUUCAUGGAGGCGAGGACAGACCUCAUCUUCUAUGGCCUUGCCGAAGCGAUGGCCAGUCAAGUACGGCACCUUUGCACAGCAGACCUGGUCAAGAGGCAAGCAGACUUUUUGCUGUGCUGGGAGAUGGGACAAGAGCUGGAAGUCCACAGGUUCACCUGCCGUGAGGAUUAUGAGACGAGUCGUUGGUUUAGGAGAGCACACCACAACAACGACAUGUGGCACUUCGAGGCGGAAUAUGGGGAGACAGGAGGCAAAGCACACCCAGAGGAGGAAAUAGAUUUCGCAAACGAGACCAACAAGUUUCGUGUGGCAUUCUUGUCUCAACCUGCACAAGAGAUGAUGGUCGCCAAUCUGGCAAAAUUUGGAUUCAAGGCUGAAUGUAGAAAGCAAGCAGUGCUGUGUGAUUCUCGUGAGCUGCCUACGGACCAACCCGAGGGUGAGAUUCAGUUGGUGACGAUCUACUGGUAG